ACCAUGAGGUUCAUAGGAUGUCAAAAAUUCUUAUCAUUCGCAGCUUUGUGCAACAUGAGAUCUGCUCGAAGAACUGUUGUUUGGUCCCUUUCUCUUUUAUACUCGAUGAAUUUGACCUUUGAUGACAACAUCCUUGACAAUUCUGGAGGCUAUGCCAACCCAUUGCCUAAUGCUUCCACAAGUGAUAUCUUGGCACGCAACCAUUCGCCGGGGCCCACAGCGUCAGUGUGGGACACGUGGAGGAUUGUAUUGGACGUUGGCGAUGACGUCGCAUGGAACCCGUCAUCAUACGUGUUUUAUGCUGGUUGGCCCACCAGUGCUCUGGUUAAAAGAUUGCUUGGAAUUGCCACGUGUCGGUACCGCAUUUGUGUGGGUCCACUUUAUCUGGAGGGCCAGGUCAUGACAUUUAUUUGGACAUGGUGAAAGAACAGGGAAGCGGAACGUAGCAAUCGAUAUUAAAUGACUGGAUACAUAACAUUUUCUUUCUCGUUUAACAUAUCAC